UCUGUCUCGCCUUUCUCAGCUUACAGUAUUUUACGACUCUUGCUCAUAGCUUAUUCAGACGACGAGCCGAACCAAGGGAGGCUGUUUGCUUUUAUUUUCAUGCGCUUGACUCGUACGCUGCGAAUGCGACGGGGUGUGACCCUUGCUGUGGCCCUCGAGCCUCCUUGGACGUCAACCUCUUCUCGGACUGAUGUCCAGCAACAGAUUCUGGAGGCACCUCAAGCCCUGCAGAAGAUUGAACUGCUUCGGCCAAGGUUUUUCAGGGUCCCACAAAGUCCACGUUUUCGAACUCUUUACCAUCUGCGAUGCAUUGCGAUGCAGGAAGAAGCCCCGAGUACCACGAUCCCGGCCUCCCGGCCGAAACGAUGUUUCUCUAUUGUCAUGACUGGGGAAAACUCUCUUGGCCGAGCCGCUACAGACUUGAUAAAGCCAGAUUGGGUUUCUUCCCUAAUUGGUUUGGCUCCGACAAUUUUUCCUUUUGGGCCGAUGGAAGAUGGGAGAACAAUGGACAAGAGUGAACAGCCCAGCCUUCUGCAGUCGACGUCUCAUCUCUGGUCCUGCUGAUCAAGGGAAACCGUUUUCUCCCUCACAUCCUGGUGCGUUCCCGCGCCUGGCCAAGAGUUCUCGGACACCUGCAGAAGCCAACCUGGCCCAUGCCAUGCCAUGCCAUGCCGCCCCCGGCCCCUCCCUUCCAUUCAUAAUUCUCCCCCGUAAGAUCGAGGGAAGGGCCCAAGGCGUCGACGGUUUCCAGCAGGAUGCAACGCUGACAUGA